GCAGAAGUCCCAGCAUCCCAAGCGAUACAGCUAGCUAACUAGCAAGCCAAACCGGCUUUUGACAAAUAUUUUCUAUAACAAAUAAUUUGUGGGUGCAAAACCAAUUUCAGAUGAAUACAUAGGAAACGGACAUUAUUGAUGUUGCAUACUGAAUAGGCCUGUAUGUUCUGGCUAACAUAAAUGUGCCUCAACAACCCUACAUCGUUUCAACAAAACAAAAAGACUGACUAGCUAGCUAAUGCUUUUAGCCUUAUAGGCAAAAAAAACAUGUCUAGUUAACAAGCUAGGUAACAGAUGAAAGCGUUAUAAGUAUAUCUGGCUAGGUAGCUAUUUUUACUCGAUUACAAGCUCGGGUACAUCAAGCAAUGUAGCAUGUCAGGGCGAAAGAGGACGCAAAUAUCCGUACCGGAGACCGAGGACCAAGUAAAGAGGGGCGUGUCACUGAGACAGGUGAGGUCUACCGUCCAUGACCAUGAGAGCGGUGAUGUUGAUGAUGUCAAACCUGGGACAGUGAAGAGUCAGUAUUUCUCCAAGGAGGGGGACCCCGAAAGGCUUGGAGAAGAGUUCUUCAACCAGCCCUGUAUAAGUUUAGCUAAAGCAUUCCUGGGCAAGGUAUUGGUGCGUCGGAGUGCGGAUGGCACUGAGCUGAGAGGGAGGGUGGUGGAGACUGAGGCCUACCUGGGAGGAGAGGACAAAGCCUCUCACUCUGCUGGGGGAAAAUGCACUGAGAGGAACACAGCAAUGUUUAUGAAACCUGGCACCAUCUAUGUGUACCCCAUCUAUGGCAUCUACCUCUGUAUGAAUGUUUCCAGUCAAGGGGAGGGUGCUGCCGUGCUUCUGCGGGCUCUGGAACCUCUACAUGGCCUGCCUCUGAUGAAGCAGCUGCAGACAGCCAGGCGGAGGGAGGGGGCCCGGCCCCUGAAGGACAAGGAGCUAUGCAAUGGUCCCUCAAAGCUGUGCCAGGCCCUGGACAUACCACACUGCUUCGACCGGAGAGAUGUAGCCUCAGACCCAGAGGUGUGGCUGGAGAGGGACACCCAGAUAGGACCGCAAGAGCCAGACCUCAGGGAGGUGGUCUCAGCAAGCCGGAUCGGCAUUGACUCUCAUGGGGAAUGGGCCACCAAACCCCUGCGCUUCUAUCUGCGUGGUCACCACUGUGUGAGUGUAGUGAACAAACAGGCAGAGACACAGACUCACUCACUGGCCAACAAUGUGAUAUCAGACUUUGCGUCCUCCUCUGUGGACGUAUGUGAUGGUGACACAGGACAGAGUUGAAACUGGGAAUAUUUUUGAAUUGUAUCAAACCAUGAUGAGUAAAUACUUUGUUUUUUUCUUAACUAUAAACAAGUUUUUACAGACAUAAUGCUAGAGCAGGUGAAAACAUGUCAGCUAUGAGCUAUUUCAGUCAUUUGGUCUAGCUAUGGGGAAAUCAUUGCAAAAGACCCAAAGCCAAAAUGUUUGCUCUGAGGGGAAUCCAGACUCAAUUUAUCAUUACUUCUUAGAUACACACAUUGUUGCCCAAACACAAAUCCGGAAUAUGCCAUAUUUGUAUGCUACAAAUGAUUAAACUACAUUCCAAACAUCUGUAAAAUAUUUGAUCUAGCCUCCCCUCCCUGCUAUCAAAGCAACUAGAAUUGUCAUUCCAGCCAUUCUCAUUAAUAAACAUCCUUGCUUGAAAA